UCAGUGCGGUCUUCCGAGUCCUUCGAAACCUUUCCCAACUCCCAGCCCUAAAACCACAUUACCAGAUAAAUUCACAAAAUUGUCUUCCUGCAGAAGCAAUUGUGGCCAUUCCCCGCGAAAAAAGCCUCGAAAAACUUAAUCAGCGUUAAAAAACUGAUUCAUUCAAAUAGUCUAUUUGAAUCAGGACGCACGCCAUUGCCGUCGCCAUGGAUACGCGUCAGUGACUCCAAAACAUCAACAGAAACCAUAACCCCUCAAAAACAAACUCAGUGGUGAAAUGAUCCCCGAGUGUUCCUCGAAGCUCCAAAAAAUCGGUCGUGAAAAGUACAAAUUAACCCUGAAAAACCCCUCAAAGUGCCUUCUCCGCAAGAACUUUCAACACAUAACCUUCCGCGAGGACGAAGAGACGCUGAUAGCAAUCGAUACAAAAGGGGUGAGCUACCAGCUCCACCUGAUAUCUGGCGACUGGUGGGUAAAAAAACUAGGCCCAGUGGGUCAAUCCACCUUCGUCUCCUUCAGCCCGAUCCAAAAAAACGAGUUAAUCAUCGGUUUAACCUCAAAAGACAUAAAACUCCUCAACUCAAACGACUUCUCCCCCCAAAAGUACUGCCUCCUCAAGGCGCACCAGGUCCCCCCGACCUGGAUCUCCUUCUACAAAAACUACUGUCUCACAGCCUCUCGAAAAGAGGCGGUAAUAUGGGACCUGGAGACAGCGAAAAAAAUCCACCAAUUGCGACUGGAGACGAAGGAGUCCUCGAUAAAAAAGGCCCUCAUCUCCCCAAACGGAGUGAUCGUAGUCCUCUACGACACCGAUGUCAUUCAGUCCUGGCUCUUCGAGCUAUUCUCCUCCGAGAACCGCAUAUCGAUAAACCAAAAUGGCGUCCGCAACGCCAAAGACUUUAUCUUCACGGAAAACGGCAGAUCUAUAGUAAUUUGCGGUGGCAAACGUAGAAUUCUGAUUUACAACACAAAAUCCUGGAGUUUGACGUGUAAAUUCGAGUUGCCGGACGGCAAUUCAGUGGCAAGAAGGCUGUUUGCCGUUCCUCAGGUGGUGGACUACAGCUGUAAAAUGGUGGCCAUUUUGUUUGAAGAUGGCCGCCUGCGGUUUUUCGAUCUAUCGAAGAGGUGUUUUGUGCCGACUUUGGAGGGGCCUUUGGCGGGAAUCAGGAAGGCUGUCGUGUCCCCCGGGGGUCAGUGGCUGGCGACCAUCACCUUCGAUGGCUCCCUGGUGCUAUCCUCCGUCGAUAACCUCGUUAAACCCUCCCCGAAGUCUCCCAAGGCCCUCAAAUCGGCGCAAAUCCAGUCUCACGGAGUUCACGAUCACCUGAAAUGCGUGAGAAGCGGAUUCCAGGUGGAGCUUGAGUUGAAACGACUCCGGCCGAUUCUCAAGGAGUUCGGGGAAUACCCCGAGCGCCACAGGGCCCUCAUCUGGAAGACUCUCCUCAGGCUCCCGGAGAAUAGGCCUGAGUAUCUCGGUUUGUCCGAGAAGACUCUUCUCGAGACUGAAGUUGAGAUGCUGAGGGAGUGGAAGCUCGCCGAUAAGAGCAGGGAGAUGCUGCUCUCGGUGACGAUUGAGAGGCUGAUUCAGUUCUGUCCGCUCUUGGGGCAGACGGCGUUUCUACCGGAGCUCGUUUUUCCGUUUAUCGUGGCCUUUCGGAGGGAUCCCAUCGCCGGGUUCGAGGCGGUGCUCGUGGUGUUGUGGAACUUCUGUCAGAAGUGGUUCGAGUAUCAUCCUCUGCCGCCCAUCAACGUCCUGGGGAUCGUUGAGAACAUCCUCGGGGAAGUUGACCCCCAGUUGCUGGAGUUUUACUGUCAACGUGGCGUCACUUCGACUGAGUACGCCUGGCCGCUACUGAAGACCAGUCUCAGCGAAGUGUUGGCGGGACGGGAGUGGAUGAUACUGUGGGACCAUCUGAUAACCAUUGGGCGACCGUCCAUGCUGAUACUCUGCGUUGUGGCGUACAGCGUGUGUAAUAGGGAGGCCAUUGUGGGGAUUUUGGAGGAUAAGGAGGACUUCCAGGUGUUCUUUGGAACGCAGGGGCCCGUCUCGGCGAGGAAGAUCAUUAGGGUGGCGGAGAGAAUUGACAGGGAAGUCUCGGAGAAGAAUCACCCCAGGAUGUACUUGAGAGACAAUCUGAAAUUUCUACCUGCAAGUGGACCCUAUCCACCAUUUCUCCUCAAGGAAUAUCCCAAAUUCUUGAUUGGAAAUUUGGGAAAUGUGAAGCAAUUGUUGGACAUGAAGCAGGAGGAAUUGCUAGUGAAGGAAGAGAGGAGAAAAAUGGCUAGAGAGUUGGAGGAGAAAAAAUUGAAGGAAGAAAGCGAAAAUUUUCUACAAGAGAUCCACCAGAAGAGACUUCAUGAGCUUCAAAAGUGUUACAACGAGCAGCUGAAAUUAACAAAGAUGAAUUUGGAUUCCGAACGCGAUAAAUUAACAAAAUUAUCGUCUGAGACUCUUCUGCAUCCAACGAAGAAUGUAACUUCAAAACCUAGAAGUGCCAAAAGCAAAGUCAUUCGUACAAGACCUCGGGGGAAGAGCAAUAACUACGAGAAAUUGGUGGAGGACGUGGAGACACUUGAAGAAGAGGUGGAGACCUUCCUGCAAGGUCUCAGGAAUUCGAGAUGAAAAAUAAAAUGAAAAAAUUCAAGCUUUCAUUCAUUGAGAAAUGAAAAAAGUAUUCCAUUGUAAAUAACUGACGUUCAAUAUAAAUCCUAUAUUUUUUAAAAUAUUCUCGGUAUAACUUAUGGAUAUAAAAAUAUGCCUUUUAUUGUGCACAAAUGCUUGAGUGGAAUGUUUCUGUUAAAAAGUUGAAAUUAGAAAUUCAAUGUAAGGAUUUAGUCAAAAUAUUUCUGAGAAAUUUGAACUGAGAGUCAGUCGUAUUUGACUAAGGAGAAUACUGGAGCUUUCAGUUUGGAUCGUCCACCUAAAUAGACUAGUUCCAUGAUGACGAGACACUCGACAACAUCAACUUCGAGAGAUUUUAGCAAUUGAACUGCAGCUGCCAUUGAUCCUGAGAAUAAGAAAAUCCAAUUUUAUUUAAUUCUCGUGUUCGAUGGAUUUUUUGCUUCUCAAUUUUUCGACUUAUUGUUGGAUUAUUUUGAAUACCUCCAGUUGCCAGCAGAUCAUCGACAAUCAGCACCCUCUUGCCACUGCUGAUGCUCUCAGUUUGAAUCUCAAAUGUUGCCUUUGGAUAGAAGAAAAUAAGAAUGAAAUGUGUAACCGAAGGAUCACAAGUUUAAGAAUAAAAAUUGUUGAAAAAUA